AUGGAUGCUCGACUCACGGUUGUUCACUUGUCUACCAUUAAUCAGCCUCGCAGGUUUCCGCCAGCUCAAGUUCAAAUAGAAAGCAAGCUGGGUGGUCUAGUCCUGCUAGCCAUUCAUCUGCUAAUUUGGUUCGUCUGCCUACCGCAGAAGAUUGCCUCGGUCAUUUUUGGUGCACUCCACCUCGUUGAACAGCUACUACACCUUUGGGCCAUAUUUUGUCAGCACAUUCUCGAGACACUUUCUUCGGCAUUUCACUGGCAAGUUGUUGCCCCGAACAAGACUGCUCAAUACGCAUGGAGGAGAGCAAUAGCAGAAAAAGAACAGUCGGAAACUCUCUUGAAGCAGCCUCAAUUUCCAGGGAAGCCAUGGCCUGAGAAGUCACCUACGGUUCCUGGGCUCGGUGAGCCAUACAAGGCUUCCAGACAUCCACACUUCGCUCGAAGCCCCUCCUGCAGAAUCAAAAGACGGAGGCGUGAUUCCAAUGCUACAUCUCCUACUUCCCCCGCCGAUCAAACGGACGAUCUUGGGUUGGCGUGGCUGCGGAACAUCUCGAUCUCGCCGCUUCAGCAGCAUCAUGGCGAUCUCAAUCGAAACAAGGGCAUAAUCGUCCCGCACCCAUCCCGAUUGCCUCGUUCGGGACUAGAUGGCUCCUCUUCAGCGGCUCCUUUGCACGAUAAUCUUCGGUUGAACACCCCACCCCAUGCCGCAUGCCCCUCCGCAGAGCCGCCACCCCCAACUGGUCUCACACCCGAAGCGCCUAGAGAUGCAACCCUAGAGACUGAGGCUGAAGCACUUAUGGUCAAUCUCUCGGGUCAAUUAAAGAACCCCCCCGGUUCUUGUUUUCGGCGAGAGCCACCAGACAUCCACGGGAAAGUUGACACCGGGAGGCUUGGCACUUCCAUCGCAUCUCAGCCUUAUCAUGAUGCAGCAAGAGUGCACGCCCGUGAAGGGAGGUUAACUCUGGGACCUCGUGGAGGUGCACAGCCGCUUGACGGCCCAACGCAAAAGCUCCCCAUUGGGACCGAGCCGAAAGGGAUUAUACAAGCCGCGGGUCCCGACUGCAGGAAGAGGAGGAGAUCGGCCUCACAAACCUCUAGACUGAGAUCUACGAGAGCUAGGACUAGAAACAACAAUCCUGAGAACCGCCCUUCAGAAUAUGGAUCUGACGAUGCCGACGACGAAGAAGAGGAGGGAGACCCCGAUCCCCAUGAUACGAAGGCCGGUCGUGUACACAACAAGAAUCAGCGGCGGCAACUUCGCUGCCCGAAAUAUGCCGCAAAUCCCGAACAUUGCGAUUCGAAAUGUCAGAAGUGGAGCAGUGACAAGAUUGCUACAGUCACUCGACAUGCGAAACGAGAUGCUAAAGAUGACCCGGAGAAGCUGCAGAGAAUAGAAGAACUCUCACAUUCGAAACUCAGCCCAGAAGAGAGGUGGCAAAAAUACUAUGAAAUCUUUGGAGGCAGCAAUGUGGGCCAAAUGGGCCAGCCUUUCCGUGUGCUCGCGGACGCAGAAGAUAAACUCGAAAAAGUUCUGAAUAUGCUAGAAGAUCGACUGAGCCGGGAACCCUCUUUCUAUGGUCAUAUCACCAGAUGCAUGCGGGUGUUGAAGGAAAGAAAGAAACGAUAUGAAACUAUCAUGCGUUGGUACAAGAGAGAAAAAGCCAAACUGCAGACUCAAGUGGAACACAAACUGGACGAGUUGCAUGCGUCAUAUGAGCAAGAUUUGGCGUCCCUGGAGGCUCAGCUGUCCGGAAGUGGACCGCCUGGUACGAUUCAACAUCGAAUUAGCGGAGAAGAGAUAACAAUCCCAGAAAUGUCUUACGGAAAUCAAGAUGAUCUGCUUCUUUAUCCGAUUGGCAAUUCAUCAGCUCAAAAUCUAUACGGUCAAGAUGAUCCCGUUGCGACAGAUCCAAACCAGCGAACAGCUUCUUCAAUUCCACCAGUGGGAAUGUCUACGUUCAAUAGGUCUGAUGUUUUGAACCCGGUGCAGCAAAGCGGGGUUCAAUCACAGCGUCUGCCACAGAUCUUCGACACUCUAUGCACUACAGAUAAGGUCAUGGAUCCACAUACGCGGCCUGCUGAACGGAGACAACUGGUACAACAACAUCUUGAGCGUCAGCGACAACCGCAUGGGUUACACCCCCCGCAUCACCCUGCGUACCACGCUGAUGACUCGGGCUAUGGUUCUCAUCUCGAGACUUGCCAGUGCCUAUUCGAUCAGGUUCUUCGUUUAAGCUUCGUUGCACUGUAUGUUCGAAACGGGCUAAAUGUUGGUGUCAGCUGUGCAGCAGCAUGGAUGAUUAUUCCAUUGUAUAAGGUCUACGAACACUUGCGAGUCAUGCAGGACAUCUCCCAACAGAAUAUGGAAAUCUCUAUCUCAGGACGACUAUUUCAGGCCCUGUGCCGCCAUUUUUGGAUCUACACCUAUUCCCUCAACGACGCCGGACCGUCAACGAAUGCUGCACAUCUACUCAUAUUUGGGGGCCAAUCGUUUUCGAAUCUUCCCGUUGACAAGCGUUCUGCAGUUGCGCCCGUCGGAGGUAUGGAAAUAGGGGUCUUUGAAGAUUGUUUUUUGGAUAUUCUUGCGAAUCGUGUUCGCCUCGUGCUGAACGGGUCAAGGAGACCCCUGGAUGCCUUAUAUACAUAG